ACGUCAGUGUGUGGAAGUCUGAUUGUCCUCGUGGAACACUGACAACGAGAAAACGUAAACGUGAUAAAACCUCGAUUAACAUCCCAUUAAUUAUUUUCCGAAUCUCAUACAAUACUUUGUAAUUGGCACCCAAGAAGUUGGCAACACAACAAACUUUGUCAUUACCCUGGCUUGGCUGAAUUGCAUAUUCACAUAUAAAUCUGACUCCAAAUGAAAUUGUUGGAGGAUUUAGUUGUAUGAAAAGGCAUUAGGAAUUCUGCCCAGUUUGUUGUGCCUCAAGAUGUCUUUACGAUAACCAUAUCGAUCCUUACGAACAAAGAAACGACAUUCAACGACGAAAUACGAGUUUCCACAUUCCUGUUUGCUGCCUGCAUAUCAAUCACACGUCGUGCAGUGAAUGGUUUUCAAUCGUCAAGUAAAAGUUGACUUUAGAAAGUCAAAAUCGUCGUCUACAAACUUGUUUCCAUCGACUCCAUGUCCUUACUGAGACAAAACCACAUUUGAUUCAUCAAUUAGCCGAGGAUAUGUCUGAUCUUAUCUACACGGAUUAUAUACAUGGAACAUCUGGCUGGGCCAGGUGUCUGAUGGGAAUUGGAUGAAAAUGUUGCAUUUCGUAGUACUUGUAGCUUUGUAGUACGAUGGUAACGGUAUUUCGGCACGGAAUUGGAGUUGUACAACAUGGACAACUCGUCUCAAAUGUCGAUGCGCAGUUUCCCUGUCAACAGUCUCAAUCAAAACGAUCGUCAUCUGUCGUCAUCCGUGCGUGUUCUAUUUAUUAACGAAAGAAUUGACGCAUAGAAAUAAUAAUGGCCGCAACAUCUGCACGGCACAUCUGUUAAUAACACCGCAUCCGCAUGAAUACAUAGAAAUUCGAGCGAUAGAAAUGCUUACACACCCAGCUGCAGUCAUUGUACGAAACUGCCAUAAAUAAAGGUAGAAGCUCAAGGUUCGUUUUAAAGGAUCCACACAAGCUGUCCAGUUCGCCAUGAAGUUCAUUGCUGUGAUGGCCGUUUGCGUCAUCAGCGCCCUCCAUGUUAAAGCCCAUGCAGUUGAAAGGGCCACUGUAACUGAUGCCGAGCUUCAGGCUCUUUCCCAACAGCUUCACAUUGAUGACGUCAACGCUGUCCAGGGGAUCGUUUUGAACGUGCAAUCCACCACAACAUCUGGAAGCACCACCGACAAAGCCCCCUUGCCAUUGUUCUCGAGUGUCCCGGCUGGUGCCUUCUCCGGGCCGACAGUAAGCAAACUGCUUGCUCUUUUUGACAACUACGACGAGAACUGCAAAGUGACUGAGGUCAUCACAGCUGAAGAACAGACUGAAAACGAUGCCUUCCUCGAUGCCAUUUUGGGCACUAGCGUAAUGCAACAAGCCCACCAGUUUCUCGUCUCUAAAGGCUUGGCUGACUCCAGUGUGGCUGUUUUCAAGGAAUACCUGCGUCAGAUUUGGCUUGGUCAAUACAACCGCGGAGGCGGGUAUCAAAGUUCAUCCGGAUUUGAACACAUUUUCCUCGGCGAAAAAGACAACACGACCAUCCAGGGCUAUCACAGCUGGUUCAAAUAUUACCGGGACGAACAAGCAGGAAAGAUCAACUACCUGGGCUAUUUGCGUAACAUUAAUCUGGGAGUGAGCUCCGUCAUUGGUCUGCCUAUGAGUUGGAAUGGCCUUUACAAGUCAAUCAGCUCCAUUUCUAUAUCUGGCAGCCCCGAAAUCGAAUUGGCGUUGGCCACCGUCUGUUUCCUGGCCAGGCCCAACGCCAAGUGUCCCCUGUACGGUGCCAAUGCAACACCUUACGCCUACCAGACUUAUACUCUCACUUACAACAGCAAAACUUAUAUCGGUAGCGCUUACCCCACCUAUUAGUCUUCUAACGUAAGAGGCCCUGCAAUAGUCUUACAGAGGUGAUUUAAAUGUUUAAUAUUUGCUGCUUCCCUGGACACAUGAAUAUUUUUAUUUAGUACAGUAACUAAAUUGAAAGCCUGCAAUUUACCACACAGACCAUUAUCACCGUACAGUGCAAAUCGACAUAAUUAACAACUUAUUACAGAGAAAUAAAGUGCUUUAUUUGCAUGGCCU